AUGGAUGGUGAACCUUCAGCCCAGCGCCCUGGUGGCCGAGCUCGCAGUGCGUGUGACCUGUGCCGUCGCAAAAAGAUUCGCUGUGACAACGCCCAACCAGCCUGUGAGACAUGCUCUUUUGGGGGUGUGCAAUGCACCUAUACAGAGCACCCUAGCCUGCUGCAGAAAAGCCUCCGAGAUCAACUCCUCGAUGCCAGAGCACGAAUAAGAGAACUAGAAACCCAGCUGACUGUGCGGGAACUCUCGCCUGAUUCAGGCCAGAGAGAGCAUGGUACUUCCAACGAACGAUCGGCAACUACACGGCUCCCUUUGUUCGCUGUGGACUAUCUUCCAAACACACACAGCAUAGACGCGUCGCUUGCAACGUUUCAAGCAGAGAUCGCCCAUUGUGGAGUGGGAGAACCUGGCUCCACCAAAAGAGCGUCCUUUUUCUCCACAGUCUACCAGAAAACGGGGGCUCAGCUUGAUCUCGAUCAUUUCCUAGCUUCUGCUGCACGAUCGCUCGGAUUCCGGGGGCCUCAGAGCAGGUUAGGCUUGAAUCGCUCGCUGUCGCCAACGUGGCCCCCCAAGCCUUUGGUACAAUACUCAAUCAAUUAUUACUCCCGAAGCGGAUUGUACUCCAUCUUUCCGGUUGCGAACGCCGAUGCGCUGAGUCAAUUGAUUGAAGCGGGUGUACUAGAUCAUCAAGAUGACACUGUCUCUGCUUCAAACUUGGCCUGCUUGUCUGCAUUCACUGCAAUGAUGAGUGUGAUGCAUCGACUCGGCCCGGAAUUCGUCAAUGCUGAACCAGAUGCCUACAUACAGGCGGCGCUGGGCCUCCUCCCUAGGCUGUUGAUGGAAACGCCCACUGUUAGAAGCUUGGAAGCUGUUGUGCUGAUCAUGACCUAUGUCAUGCCCAGUGGGAAAAUUGAACCCGGGCAACUGCUACUGUCUCUAGCUACUCGAAUGAUUCUCACUCUUGGUGCGCAUCGAAUGUCUGUAAUCAGCCAGCCAGAAGGCAGGCAUCUCCGGGCCCUGUUCUGGUUCUGUUACGGGGCUGAUAAGAACAUGAUCACACGGUAUAAUCAAUCACCGCAUUUCACUGACAAGGACUGCGACCUCCAAAUACCAGACAAUUAUGUCUUGUCAUCAUCGGACAAUCAAUUCUUCUCGAGGCCUCUUUCCAACAAUGAGCUACUCUUUCCUUCUGACGUCCGACUUUCACUGCUCAAAUCAAAAGUGUACCACCUUCUCUACUCCCGCCACGCUCGAGCCCUGCCUGAGGCCCGUCGCCUUCAGUAUAUCCGGGAAUUAGAUCAGGAGCUUAACGACCUGAAAUGCACAUUCCCCGCUAGUUGCUGGCCGGACCUAUUUGCAACACCGUCCGCUCCCAACUACACUUUCCAUGACCUGAGUAUGCGUGGGGUGUGCCUGCACCUGGAGUUUUACUUUUUACUAGGCAAGAUCCAUGAAGCCAGUCCGUCGUUGAAGAGUAAUAGCAAUAGUUCCAGCUGGUCAAUUCUUCCAUCUAGUGCCGAGCUGUUCCAUCAGGAAUCUCGGUCUAUUCUAAUAUACAUACGUCAUGUUCGUGAGUUUCUGAACUGGCAUACUUUCUGGUACCUCUCAAUCCUUGUGUUCGUUGAAAGUCGCUAA